ACGUCCGUUUAUUUGAUAAAUUCUUAAGCCUACAAUAUAUUAAGUCAGUUUUAGUACAAGUAAAUACAUAUAUUUAGUUUUCUCAUUAUUCAAAGGUACUUUUUAUUAGCAUAGGAGUAUCCAAUGAAUUUUGCUUGCUAUUUUCACUUAAUUAAAAUUAUUUGUAUAUAAUCUUAUUUAAUAAGUCCUUGGGAUUUUAAUUAUUUUUAAUUAUGUAAAAAUACUAUUCAAAGCAACCUGAGUAUUGAGUAAAACUGCCCAACGAAACCUGCCAUAAGUAGUUGGCAACGCUGGCUGUUUGUUUGCUGUGAAUGCCUAAAAGUAUGCUGCACGUUUUUUCAUAAUUACUGUAGUAGUUUUUGUAGCCAGUCGCUAGGACAAUUAAAACUUAAGUUAAUGACAAACUUGCAUUAAGGCCUCGACGCCUGGCCACGCCCAAUUUGGUCGCGGCAGUAGCUACUCAAUUGCACGUGGAAGGCCUUCAGUUGGCGGACAACAAGUACAGGGACAGGACAGGCAUUGCGCGAAUAGCUCGCAUCAUCGUUAAAAUUGUGCGCUCCAAUGGUUAAUAUUGAAUCAACAUCCAAUGCCAUCUGGUGGAUUAAAAAUCCGAGUGCAGCGAAAGCGGGUGGCGGCGCUGGGCGUAAGGCGUCGCUUGGGUCGCGCUUUUGUCUGGAUAUGGCUGAAUUACUGCGCAAUAUAUCCUUGCAGGGCUAUAGCAAACUAUUGGCAUCGGAAUUAACGUUGGCGGAGAGAUUAAUUUGGCUGCUGGUGCACACGACCACGUUCAUUUCAAUGGUGGCUGUGCUCUUGCUCACCUGGGAGCAAUUUAUUGCACAAUACUUUGUCAUCAAUCUGAAGGAUCCACUUUAUCCUGUUGAAAAUGUGCCAUUUCCGGCUGUGUCAAUAUGCUCCAACAAUCGCAUUUCCAUGCGGGCCGCGACCCGAUACGCUCUCGAGCUGCAAAGAAAUGAUCCAUCCCCACGUGAAUUGAAGCAUUACUUGGACAUGCUGAAGUAUUUACGCAAAUUAUAUAUACCCGGCGAUCGGGACUCAGACGUCGAUGAUUAUGUUAAUUUUCAAGCGUUUUUGGACAUAUUCGGCACCUGGAGCAACGAAACCUUCUUCGAUACGCGGCGUAUUAUGAGAAUGGUGACGCCCAAUUGCAGGGAUUAUAUAAUGAAAUGCAGUCUGCGCAAUGUGGAUAUACCUUGCUUUAGCGAGGCCGCUUUUCAGACCAGUCUGACCAAGUAUGGACCCUGCUGCACUUUUAAUGGCAAGAACAUACUUAGGAGACGCGAUUUUAAGAAUCGGUAUGCUGAUUCAGCUUUGGGCCUUACAGUCGUGCUUAAUUCGAGUCAUGCGGAUUAUUUGGCGCCCAUUUUGAAUACAAAUGGUUACGUGGUCAUAAUCCAUGACGCGGACAAUUUUGCUUCGAUAUCAUCGUCAAAUGCAUUGGAAAUGUUUCCAGGACAAAGACAGGAAAGUUUUCUAAAGAUUUUUGCGCGUGUUAUAGAUACCGAUAAAAAUUUGCACUCCUUUUCCCCAUUUAAUCGUCGCUGUUAUUUCCAUAGCGAGUCGAAUAUGCGAAUGAUGAACUCCGUCUACACGUUCCCUAACUGCAUUACCCGAUGUCGCAUACGCAGCAUCAUAGCGUUGUGCAAUUGCCUGCCCUUCCAGUUGCCACUCGAUCUGGUCGAGAACUUGGAAGGCGUCGUCUAUUGUACGCUUAGUCAUGUCACGUGCCUCGGCCAGUAUCAAUUUAAAUGGAAUAAUGUGCUAACUGAGAGACUUAGGAUUCCGGGUCUGGAGCGUGAAACCGAAGAAGCACUGUACUGUCCACAGUGUCUGCCUUCAUGUAAUGAUAUUCAAUACAGGGUAUCCAUGAGUGAGCUACCCAUUGAUACCUAUCUGGCCAACCUAAAACCUGAUGAAUACAAUGACACACUGUUAGGCUCCGAUUUAUCCGUACUGCGAGUCUUUUUUGGACAGCCGCAUGCUCAACUCUACAUGAGAAUUUUGAACAACGAAUGGUUCGAGAUAUUCAGCACCAUUGGAAAUAUUUUGUCAAUAUUUAUGGGAUUUUCAUUGGUGGCCAUUUUUGAGGCGCUUUUCUUUUUCUGCAAGUACAUUUAUAUGGGCUGCUGUCGUAUAAUAGAUCACAGCAGAGCUAACAGUAAGGCAAAGAUGUUGAAUGCACGCAAGUUACAUAUAUGCCCAUAGUAGAAAGAGAAGA